CUCUCCGGCGCCGACACGUACUCGUCCGACGAGCUCUCAUAGCUAUGCUCAUUGCCGAACGGGUUCUGAUUCUGCUGGCCUGCGUAAAUGCCCUGCCCGCGGUCUGGCAGCUGAUGCGCAUGCUGGCUCGCCGCCCCCGCAUGCGCGUCCUCCGCUCUGCCCAUCCCAAACGCGGGAUUCAGCCCACUACUACUCCGUCUCCGCUCAUUCCCCGCGACGAACGCAGGGAAGUUCUGCGGGCUGGAGCCCGUGUCGCCGACGCCGACGCCGCCGCCCAGACUCCCUGAGCGGCUGCGGCGGUGCG